UUGGCAGGCGGCUAACAACAAGGCGCAGUACUACAUGUUGACUAGUAUGGUCAACACUCUCAAGACAAAGAUGGAGAAUGUCGAGACAGCCUACGAAAUCAUGGAUCAGCUCCAAGACAUGUUUGGUGCCAAGUCAGCGCAGACUCGUUUUGAGGCCACCAAGAAAUAUGCCAAUGCUCGAAUGGCACCUUCUCAACAUGUUCAUGAUCACCUGAUCAAGAUGACAAACUACUUUCAGGAAGCUGAACUUCACGGAGCCAUAAUAGAUGAGGAAACUCAGGUUGGCUUAAUCCUCAACAGUCUUUCUCCAGCUUUCCUUCCAUUCACCACCAACUAUGUGUUGAAUAAACUCAACUAUGGUCUAACGCAGCUCAUGAAUGAGCUUCAGACUUUUGAGUCUAUCAUGUGUGGACCUAGUAAGGGAGGAGAAAAGAAGACAACUACUACUACUGCUGCUAAUCCAGCUAAGGCUGAAGCUAACCAAGCUUCGUCUUCAAAAGUUGGAAACAAGAGGAAAGGUGGGCAAAACAACAACCCCAAGCCUGCAAAGGCUGCAAAGGCGAGUGCACAACCAAGUGCACAGACGCCUAAGGGGAAAAACAAGAAAAACAAGAAAGGUAAAGGUAAAUGUUUUCACUGCAAAGAGAAAGGGCAUUGGAAACAAGAUCGCCCCAAGUUUCUAGCAGAUAAAAACAAAGCUUUUUGAAUCGUGGGAGGAAGUGAACAAAGGCGGCUUAAAGCUUAGAGUUGGGAACGGAGCGUUCGUUGUGGUCCAAGCUAGAGGAAGAGCUCGUCUGAAGUUUGGAAAUAAAUUUUUAAUUUUAAAAGAUGUAUUUUUUAUUCCGGAUUUUAGUAGAAAUUUAAUUUCAGUUUCCAUGUUGCAAUUAGAACGAUUUGUUAUGACUUUCACAAGUUUUAAUAUAUCUAUUUCUUUCAAUGGAUCACAAUUGUGUAUUGCAUG